AUGUCCGGACGUAAAGAAUGGCCUGAAUUAGUUGGACAAACAUUUCAAGCAGCAUGUCAAAAAAUUUCAGAAUUUGAUGGCAGUUUAACUCCAUAUAAUGCAAGGAACGGACAGCAAGAUCGAAUGUAUGAUCCAACUCGUGUCGUAUGUGUCACAAGUGACAACGACAUUAUAACUGAAGUUCCAUAUUAUAAUUAUCAAUAG